AUGUCUGAAGUAGAGGAAGUAGCUACCCCUGAAGAAUUUGUAGAAAAUGAACAAGAAACCAACUACAAGCCUCCUCCAGAAAAAACAAUUGAGGAAAUCCUGCAAAUUGAUCAGGAAGAUGAGAGUUUGAGGAAAUACAAAGAAGCCCUUCUUGGCCAAGCACAAACUGGUCCAGUCAUAGUAGAGCCUGAUAAUCCAAGGAAAGUUAUUGUCAAGAGGUUGGUGCUGGUAGCAGCAGAUCGUCCUGAAAUUGCACUGGAUCUCAGUGGGGAUGUCUCACAACUCAAGAAGGAAACUUUUACUAUCAAAGAGGGAGUUUCCUACAAAAUACGGAUUGAGUUCCUUGUGCAGAGAGAGAUCGUGCAUGGACUGAAAUAUGUGCAGAAAACUAGCAAACUUGGAAUAACAGUCGACAAGAUGACACACAUGGUCGGCUCGUACGCCCCCAAAACCGAAAUCCAGUCGUACACGACCCCUGCCGAGGACGCCCCCUCAGGCUUACUCGCAAGGGGUAGUUACACGGUGAGCUCGCUAUUCACCGACGAUGACAAGAACGAGCACCUCAAGUGGGAGUGGACGUUCGAAAUCAAGAAAGACUGGAAGGACUAG